UUCGUAUUCAUUACCAACAGUACUCUGCACAAAAGCUACCUUUAAAAGUGUGGAUGCAAAAGAAAGCCCUGGGAAGUGAGGAUGUGUCACCAGUGUGGUUUCACAGCAAGAUAUCCAUAGCACAGAAGCCUUUUCCCUGAUGAUACCUGUGGCACUCUUCAGGACCUGUUAUGAAAGAGGGUGACAGAAGAACAUCAGCCAAGAAAAAGACUUUGAUUCUUAUUUUAGUCAACCACACAGACCUAUCUGAUGUGCCUAAAACUCAGGUGCUUCCCCAGGUGCAGUCCAAUAUGCUCUUUGCCUUUCCCAGAGGCCUCCUCUGAUAUUCUACCUCCAUCCAAUGAAGGGGAGACAGGCUUGACCAGGGAGAAUUAAAUUAAACAGCAAUUAAAUGAACAGCACUGCAAUGCUGUGGGGAUGCAGGAGGCCAGGUUUUAGAACAGAAAUGCAUUACUUCAUGCAAUUAAAUAUUUGCCAUGGCAUUCGUUAGGUGUGGCAGCUCAGCAAUAACUCCCUGCUACAGCUGAAGAGUUGAACAGCUUGAAACAGUUCCUGUGUGGGCAAAGAAGGGUCAUUUGUGCAUCCAUGGAGCUCAGCCUGCAACACCUUGGCACCUCAGGGUACCCACCAGGGCACAGACGAACAUCCUCCACUGCAAGGUGCUGGUUUGCAAAACAACAACAUUUAAUUUAAAAAAGUCAUAACACCAUCUGCAAUGUAAUUACUUUACAUAGAAAACGAGUUCAUUCUGGUCUUAACUAGGGGAAGGCAUAAACAUCUACUAAUAAGAAGAAACAAAGUUUAAUUUGCUCACGGAUCAGCGAAGUCCAAAAAUGUGAAUUCUUUUUGGGUGGACUCUGCCCUUUCUUGGAAUUUAAGAUUCAGGAGCGAGGACCAGCAGAGCUUAGAAAGACAACUCUCACAAUCUGUAUCCACUCCUGGCUUCACUGACUGCUGCCCCUGUAAUAACCCCCCCAGAAACUGAAUACAUCAAUAAAUAAAAAGGGAUCUCACAAGAGGUGAGAUGAACCUUGAAGAGUAUUUUGCAAGAACUGGCUAUAAAGGCUCCACUGAAAAACAAGAUUUGGAAACCUUAACCGAUAUAUUCCAGCAUCACAUCCGCGCUGUUCCCUUCGAAAACCUCAGCAUCCACUGCGGGGAGAAAAUUACUUUGGAGUUGGAGCACGUUUACAACAAGAUUGUGCAGAGGAAGAGGGGUGGCUGGUGCAUGGAAAACAACCAGCUGCUGGGCUGGGUGCUGAAGGGCCUGGGCUAUGACACCAGCUUCCUGGGAGCCUACGUGUUCAACCCCCAGCAGAACGCCUACGCCACCCGCAUGACCCACCUCAUAGUAAAGGUCGUCAUCGAUGGCAAAGCCUACAUCGUUGAUGGAGGCUUUGGGGUGUCCUACCAGAUGUGGCAGCCCAUGGAGCUCGUGUCAGGGAAAGACCAGCCCCAGGCUCCUGGCGUGUUCCGCUUCACGGAGAAAAACGGCGUCUGGUACCUGGAGAAAACGAGACGGAAACAAUACAUCCCCAACCAGAGCUUCUCCAACUCCGAGCUGCUGGAGAAAAAGGAGUGUCGCAAGGUUUACAUGUUCAGCCUCGAGCCACGGACAGUGGAAGAUUUCCAUUUCCAGUGCACAUACCUCCAGACCUCUCCAGACUCCCUCUUCACAAAGAAGUCCAUCUGCACCCUCCAGACCACCGACGGAUUCCGGGCACUGAUUGGGUGGACACUCACUGAGACCACGUACAACUACAAGGAAAACAUGGAUCUGGUGGAAUUUGUAACUCUUGAAGAUGAAGAGGUGGAAAAAGCCCUCAAAGAGAAAUUUAAUAUCACCCUAGAGAGAAAACUUGUCCCCAUUAAUGUUAAAGCAUCUUACACAAUCUAGGUGGCCAGAAAAACCUACAGUAAUGCUAUGUGGGUACAGCAGCUUCCACUGUCUGUGCAAUCCCUACUGCAAGGUUUUGGGAUUCUUUUGCAGGUGACUGAAGGACAUAUACAUUAGUAUGAGAUUAAUGUGAAUUUCACUUUGGGAAAAAUCAGGAAUUUAAGACUUGAGUCAGUUAGGUAAAAAUUAUUUGCUGGGAGAUGACUGCUGUUCAAUUUUUGGCACAAAUGUAGGAUUUGAUUUGAAUCUGGUUAUAAGCUUGGGUAAGAAAUAUGUCUGGGGAAUUUUGGACUGCCUGUAGCACAAGAGUAUGGAUUAUUAAUUGUGAUAUGCUGCCAACACAUUUUCUAAGGUUAUUAUAGGGAGACAAGUAAUCUGUGAGCAUUUAGACAAGAAAGCACACAUUUAAAACUUCAUUUUUCACAAGAUCCAACCACUCACAGCUCAUCUCAUUCCUCUACCUUUAAUAUGAGUAAAACAUUGUCAUCUUGGAAAGGAGCAUUAGGAGGCAUAAUUCUUUCACCAUCAUCCUUAGACAAACCAUAGUACAAAAUGAAAAUCAUCAUCAUGUGCAUCCCUCUGGCCAUUACUGCAGUAAACUGCCCCAAGUAAUUUUUGGUAUGUAGCUAUUCUUCUGGUGAUGAAAAUUCUGUAUAUCGCAGUGUUAUUGUGGCUGAUGGGCUCUAAGGAGAUAACUACUAAGCUUUGUUUCUGAGAUAUAAUCAUCCUGCAAACUGUGACUGGUACUUAAAUGUCACAGCUGGCUUGGAUUUACUUUUGUCCCAAAAGGGGUGGAAAUUCUGUACUUUUAGGACUGCAGUAUAUUUGUAUAUGAAGCUAAGCCCACUAUACCCUUAAUUUUGUUCUGCAAACUUGAGUAUCCAUAUGACUGUCCUGAAUGGGUACCACUUAGCACAGGAGCUUUAAUGUCAUUAGUGUUUGUUCAUCUGUAUCAAAGUGAAAAAACAACCCAAGAAGCCAGUCAAAUCUAAAGGAAACCUUUUCUGUUUUCACAAUCAGGUUUCCCCAUUUUCCAGAAAAUGUUGUUCCUCCUACCAUGCUUCUCUGCAAAAAAGCUCAACCAAGGAAACCACUAAGAAAGGGGGAACAUUCUUAAAUGCUUCAAAAAAUAGCAAAAACACUCUUUCUCCCCAGUCUGUAAUAAGCCUGAGUAUCAGUCAAAUGUUGAUUCUUCCCACAGAAUAGUCUUUUUGCUCAAAGACAUAAUCUGAUCAAUAAUCUCACAAAUGCUGUAAGUGUAUACCUGAAAAUAAAUAAAAGGAAAAUAAAGACAUUAUGAGUUGUUUUAGGAACAGCUGCCCCCAGCUGCACUGACUCCUGCACACCCCAUCUGCCAAGUGAGGGCAGUUCACUCGUGCUGCUGAUCUGCUGGCCAACCCUUCCCACCUCAAACUUAGGAUCACAGGAUCACUGAGGUUGGAAAAGCCCUUUAAGAUCCUAGAGUUCAACAAUCUGAGGCCAGAACAUAGCUUUUCUGCUAAUAAUGGAAUUAUGGCAUUUGUUCAGUAACUUGUGUUCAGGCUAUUCACUCAUAUUAACAUCCCAUUAAGGGUUUUUACACCUUUCUAAAUAACUGAUCACCUCCAUUCUAUCUGAUGGGAUUCUCAAUUACUCAGCUCACCAAACCACAUUUCUCUGUGCCAUCAACCACAGCUGUUUUCUUGUCUUGAGGACAGCCAUUAACAGGGUGGAUAUUUUGCCUCCCAACUUCCCUAGAGGUUUUUCUGCUGUUGCUCCCAGGUAAUUGCUUGGAUUUUUGUAUGCAAGGGUUUCUUGGGGAUCAGUGGGCUCCAGCAUUUAACAGGGCCUGCGGUGAUGGGACUCACCCAGCUACCCCUUCUACUGUUUGGUUCUUACCUAAGAUCUACAGAGCUGCUGGUGAUUGAGGCUCCAACCAUCUCCCUGACUCCCAUGUGUUAAUUUUUCAUCUUGAUGUGACAAUUAUAAGCAGGUCCUCACUGAGAAACAUGAAAUCACACAAAGAAAUGUCAACACAUGCAGCUAAGGAACAGUUUCACAGUUUAACUAAAGCCCCCCAAAAGCUGAUGAAAGCAGGUUAUUGAGGUGUGAAUGCCAGGCCUGAAAUCCCUCAGAGGUUUGAGAUGAGUGGUGUAAAACCAAACCAAACCAAACAAACCCUGAGGCCUCAUGCUGGGGUUCCAUUAGCAAGGCAGUAUUGUGGAAGCUGAUGUUCUCCCAGCCUGAAAAGAAAACAAACCACCAAGUCCUUAAAGCAUCAGCUCUCACAGAAACUUGAAUUCACAUGUGCUGGGGAACUGUGGGAUGGCUGCCAUCCUUCCCUACCACAAUGCUUUAUUAGCAUUCUCAGAGAAGGGUUUAAUGAGAGCCUAAGUGAUUUUGCAGUUUUAGUUGUGGACUGUUGUUCAAAUGAAGCAAAACAAAUGCUGAGAAACCGCCCCCCUCCACCCCAGACUCAUCUAAUUCCAAAUACAAUUUAAAAGUAUGGUAUUCCAAUCAAGAGAAAGACAAACAAUUUCUUUUAAAGUCUGAAUGCUGGAUGAAGUCCCAGAAUCCCAGCCCAGCUGCCCAUUACACACACAAGCAAUGUCCAAUGGCAACGACAGCCACCCAUGGCUGGAGCAUUGCAUAAUGGAGAGUCUCAUCAGAGAGUAAGACAGAGCACAAGAAACAUGGUUCAAACUCCACAGCAACACUGAGCAUCCUGCCCCUCCCCAAGAGCCAAAGUUUAAUCAGCUCAAGCAUUACUAAAUUCACACUGGAUGGCUCACUUCAGUUGGACUCUGGUCCUGGGCUUUUUAAGAUCCAAUACUAGGCAAAAUAGAAGCAAAAGAGAAACAUCAGCAAGAAAGACAUAGUUGUUCAAUACUUCCGUAUUUUCAAGCCCAGCAGUUAUUACAAGAUAAGCACCACCAGCCUGCCAAAGGGAGGGACCAAACUUCACAUGGCAAGGGACAGACAGACACCAGCUGUCAGUGAGCACCACCUACAACCACACUUCAGGGUCACAGGCAGGAACACUUCUGGUGUCUGGUAACACUUUGCCAGUUUGCAGGCAGCCAUUUUCUGUAACAAAACCACUACUUACCCAACUUGCUCCUGUUUUCAAAGAAGAAACACUUUUCAUUUAGAAACAUGACCACCUGGGAAAGGGCUACAGCUUAGGAGCUUGUGCAUAAAAUGUACUGGAGCCCGUGUCAGAGCCAAGAAAGCCUAAAUCAAUGCAGGUUUGCUUUAUGAAUAUUUCACUGCUAUGCUUACACCUCUGUCAAGAGUAGUUCAAGCAUAGAUUUUAUACAGCAGAAUGUUUCUACCUCAGGUAGGAAGCUCAAGUCAGACUUAAAUCCAUCCAUAAAUGUAUUUAUACCAUUGGAAAUGCAGACAGGUAUUUCAGAACAUCCCACCAUGUCUGCUUGUAACUCUGUACUUAAAGUACAUUUAAAAAGUCACACAGGGCUGAGUUUUGGUUUUGUCUUGCUCACAAUAACACACUAUGGAUGGCACUUUUAAAGGCACAUUUUGCAAAUGUGCCAUGAAUAAAAGAUUGUGCUAAAAAUAAGUAGCUGGUCUUACUGUAGCACUGAGCCACCAGCUGAAUGUGAACAGCAAAGCUCCCAGAUUUAAAGACAAUAAACUAAAAUCUACCUUUUCUUCACAGUUUGUUCAACUCAGCUCUGUUGAAACAGAACCAACCUUCCUCUGUCCCAAUUCCAAAAUCGUGGAUUUUCUAGGAAGCUGUUUAGCUUCUCAUGUGCUUAUCCAUGCACUGUGCCACUCUCAUGUCCAGCUAUCCCUCAGGGAAUGACAUGAAAUUAAGGAGGCAGAAUGCCCUUUGAUGAGAAUUACUCCCCACAGGACUGAACAGAACCCUGCAGUGCAGGAGAGCUCUCUGCAGAACACUGAAAAAAGGAAGACUACACAUAGAAUUCAUUUCAGCCACUGCUGUUACCAAAAUAACCCAAAAGCUUCUUUACAUGGCACCACUGGACACUUCCCCAACCCAGAGUCUCAGGACAUGCAAUUGCAGUGACAUCUCCUGGUUGCUGGUGGUUCACCAGAACACACCUCACCCCUCAAUUAUUCAGCACAGCUAUGCAGAAAUUCACUCUCCAUUCAAGAAAUCCAUUCAGAGGAAUCAUUUUCCUACUAAUAAGCAAGAAGAAUAAUGGGAUGUAUUCCAAGUUUUUCUUGUGAUGACCAACAAUAAAUCAUUUCAUAGCUCAGGUCACAUCUUCCACGGGAAGAAAAAUGUCUUGCCAUCAUUAACUCCUUUUCAGCUAGCAGUAAUAUAUGAUCAGGUUUUAAGUAAUUGAACCAGUAGCAUUUAAUUAGCUCUGAAAAACUAUCUCAGAUCAUGAAUCACAGCCUUUCCACCUGCACAAAGUCCCCUUACUAGGUUAAAAGUAUAUUUCUCUUUUCAUGUGUGAUCCAUCUUGACUAUGUAAUUAGGUGCUCCUGAUAUAUGGAUCAUAGUUCAUGUAUCACAAGCAAAAUACAGCAGACACAGUGUGUCCUUCCUUAAAUAAUUGAGUUUCACAUCUUGCUUCACUGCGCUGUUAAAAAAAGACCAAAAAAAAGCCUCGUGCCCAUGGCAAAAUGGCCACUCCUCACUUCAAGUUACAAACUCCUUUCUGCAGAGAGCCAGCACUAAGGAUGAGUAGCUUGGACAUCCUGAGGAAAUGUAGCAAUAGCAAUAUUUCUUGUUGAAAGGCCGUACACAAAGAAUGGCAAUGAUUUUAGACAAGAACACACUGAGGUUUUUCAAAAGACCCAGAGCACCAACUGACCAAAGAGAAUGGUGUUUCUACCCUAAAACUACUUCAGAUGGCUUCAUCACAUGCUAAAUAAACCAAUGCACUCAGCUAAAUGUUAGGGACAUCUGUGGCCAGCACAAAAAAGGAUGAGUAUCCUUGUAUCAGACUGUAUUAAGCAUAAUUUUUUUACACUAAAUAAACUAAUCCACAAUCAUUAACACAAAACCCCACAGUUUUUAUUCUGCUUUCAAGUACGUUUCCGAAACUGUUAUUAUGCUUUUAUGACAAGACUUACAUAAUUAUAAGAUUGGAUUUUUUUGCUGAAAAAGAGGCAAAAUUAGCAAAUUUCUUUUGGAAGGCAGAAACUAAGAUUCACAAUCUGCUCAGAUGUCAAACUGUAAACGUCGCCCAAUAUUUGGCUUGCUGUAUAAAAAAAGUUUCACUACAAAAUCCUCUAUUUUUAAAUAAACUUUAUAAAAAAUAAAAUUCAAUAAAGUGGAUUUUAUUUCUCUGUU